AUGAACGCCGAUACCAAGAAGAGCAUCGUAAAGGUCGUCAACCAGGCAUUGCGCAAGCUCCUACAGAAGGUCACAGCUAUCGUCACUACAGCCUCUACCGCUGCAAGGCCAAACUUUGUGUCUUUCAGACACACCCAUUCCCUCCUCGUGGAUGAACUCGGCCGUUUCAACGAUGUUCAUGCUAUCCAGGUUUUCUCACUCUCCUGGAAUGUGUCGAUACGUUUCUUGAUCGGAGACCCUAACCAGCUUCCGCCUAUGACGUUUGGUCCAGAUGAGUUGAAUCCGUUUCAGAAGCAAGCGCAGCUGUCCAAACUCACUCGUUUAUCGGCCACCAUCGAUGGCGCGUAUGACGCGGCUAGGAAGAAGAAGCAUUAUGCUUUUGUGGAGGAUAUUUGCGGUAUCAGGCAUCCUGUCGUUAUCAGCAACACCGCGGACGUUGUUGCUGGCGGCUUGAAGCCCAGGAAAAAUGCGAUAAGUGACUGA